CAGAAAAACUUCAAUUAUCAAAACCAAAAGAACUCCUACGCCAUCAGCAGACUCAUCGUCCAUUCUUCAUCGAUCGCCGAUUAAUCCAAGAGACAAAGCAACCACAGACGCAGAUCGAGAAGCAACAGGAGGAUGUAACAAUUGUUCAACCAGAAGCAACAAUAGAGAAAGCACAGAUAAGACAUGGCAGAUCUCGAGGGCAUUACACGAGGGCAAAGUCAACAAAAGAACUAUCGCAUGUUGAAAGUUACUCGGUGAGUGGUAGAGCCAGUGAAGUCACGCCCCAGGAUAAUGGUUUGUCGAUGGACCCCAUCCAUCAGAAACUCUCAAGAUCUGCCAACGACACACUCGGAGACUUUGAGUUUGAGGGCUCCCCAAUGACAAACGUUACACUCAAUAUUUCCACUGUAUCACGUGAGCCGUAUAUUCAGUCACGAAGGUACGGUCAGGUUGUUGAGCAAUUCAAUGGGUCACGCGCCACUGACUACCUCCGUAAGUUACGUAAAGUGGGUACAUCGGGUAGUGAUAAAGUGAGUCCAUGGAAUAGAAAUACCACUCGUCACGAUAUCUAUAAUAUCGUCGAUCAUGAACAAUUGGAGGAUGAGAGGUAUCACUUGGAGGAUAUGCUCGAGAAGAUUGAGCGUGAGGAAUACACCUACGAUGAUGAACAAAUAAAAAAUAAUACUGUUGAUGUUAAUUAUAAUGGUGGUAUUGAUUACGGGGAUGGUACGAAGCGCGGUGAUAAGGCCAGUGUACCGGAUGACGUGGUCAGUCGAUUUUUACGAAUUAUUGAGAAUCAACACUUGUUGGGGGAGAAUUGUACUGCUGGUACUGACUUGAAUCUUGGUGAGGGAGUUGUUGAUCAGUAUGCGCAGGAGAGAUUUAGGCUUGAGGCUAAUUUAGCGGUUAAUCGGGCUAAUAUGCUCACGAGAUUGUGGAAGUAUGCGCCCAAUGUGAUGAUGUCCUCCGAAUAUCUACUCCACGCCAGUGUUCUGUCGAUGGUUGAAUUCGAUGAGGACAUAUUUGCCGCUGGUAAUUGUUACGACAAAAUGCAGUACAAGGAGCACUGGUUGUACUGCCCUUUUGCUCACCGACUCCAGGAUCAUGAUGCAGUUCUCGUCAAGGAUCUCGCUGUCGAGUACAAGUAUCUCAGCAACAGCAGCGAGUGGUUUUUCAUUGCCCGGAAAAAUGCUGAGAGGGUCAUCGCUAGUAAUAAUCAAUUUAGUCGGGGCUUUCACACUUACACGCUCAAUAAUACAUCUCACACGGAUCGCAUUGAGGAUGAAAUUCUUACCGUGAGGUAUGAGGAUGGUCGAUGGUCAAAACCAUAUUAUGACUGCGGUGGUGGAAACAUCUGGAUGCUGACAUACACUGUACCUUUUUUUGGAUACGCCAACGACUCAUAUUUCUUCAAAGGCACUAGUGGAAUCGACAUCGAUUUACGUCGAGUUGAUAUCGAUCAGUGUCCCGUACCACUCGGCUCUUCGGCAAUCAACAUUUUUGCAGCUAGUGACAAGUGCAAAAAACGCACUACCGAGUGCAUCGCAAUCCCUGGACUUGGAUUUCGCCGAGGGAGUUACCGAUGUGUUUGUAAACGUGGAUUCUAUUAUCCCGACACAAAAUCUCCAGAACGAUAUUACAAUGGUACAGUUAUCGAGGAGGAAUUCGAAAAGCUCAUGGUGGGGGAGGACAGCCAAUAUUCACUGGAUGGUGUUUUCGAGUGUCUACCAUGUGCUGAGGGUUGUGAAUCAUGUAAGGAUGGCUCACCCUGCGUCGUAUCCCUAAAUUGGCUCAUGAGAACUGCUAUUCUCAUACUGGAAUGCUGCAUUAUUGCCUGUUUACCAGUCGUCAUUCUCUUCACAUGGAAAUUCGGCAACGUCAAGGUCGUCAAAGCUGCCAGUCCGGUGUUACUGCGAGUCAUACUACUCGGUGCAUUUUUCAUUUAUUGCACGACGAUCGUUAUGUACCCACGACCGAAUGUAGUCACCUGCACCAUACGUGUCUGGCUCCGGGAAAUCGGUUUCUCUCUCACUUACGGUGCACUGAUGCUGAAAACAUGGAGAAUAUCUGUUAUAUUUCGGGUGAGGUCAGCAAAAGCAGUUAAGAUAACGGACAUGAACCUGCUGAAACGGCUUGGAAUAAUAGUCACGAUAUUCAGUGUAUUCCUUGGAAUUCGUACAGUUGUGGCGCCUCCGGUUGUUAUCGUCGGACGUACUGCCGAUGAUCUCAAAGCAUAUCUGUGUCAAACUGACUGGUGGGAUCACAGCUUUACAACACUUGAAGUGAUGUUCCUGGUGUGGGGUAUAAGACUGUGCAUUGUAGUCAGAAAAGCACCAUCAGAAUUCAACGAGAGUCGUUUUAUCUCGAUGGCUAUUUACAACGAAUUUCUCUUGUCUGUCUUCCUAAACGUGUCAAUGCUAUUUCUUCAGUCACCUGCCAAUCCAGACUUAUUGUACAUUAUCUUCUUCUGUCACACGCAAUUGACCGUAACUCUGCUACUCUGUUUGAUAUUCGGUAGCAAAGCUUACGUCGUAUUUCGUGGCGGUGGUAAGGAGGACACAAUUGGAAAGCUUCCAGGUACCACUGGCAAAUUUAUUGGCAAAACGUGUCGGGCACAGAAGGCCACCAACCAAACCAACUCAAUUUCCUUGCAACAGGCUAAUUUUACGGAGGAAGGAGACGGUAUUAUGGAGGAGUUUCGACGUCUUUAUGCUCAACUCGAAAUACUGAAAGAGAAAAAUAUGCGCAUGGGUAAUCGACAUCUGACAGCAAAAAUAUUGGCCAUGCAGGAAGCAGCUAACCGUGCUGAAACCCAGAUAUCCACAAUUCAAGCUAUCUCCUCGACCCUGAGAUUAAACGAUAUAAGUGUCACAACCGUUGAAGAAUCCACUCUACUCUUCAAGAGCGGAAGUGAGUCAGGUGUUGAGAGUUAUCGCGAGACGGAAGCCAGAAAUGGUAAGUCAAAAAAGUUAUUAUGUCAAAAAUCGACGGAGAAAGACAAUUGUCAAAUCUCCGAUGAAGUGCCAUCAACUUCCAAGGAUAAAGACAAUGACAAUGACCAAAUUUGUGAUGAAAAAAUUCACGAUAGUGCUGAGGAUAAACAGAGUACCGGCGAUUGUGAAAUUAAUGAAAAUACUUUGGAUAAUAAUGUCUCGUGCACUGGGACGAAUAAUUGUGAAGUUGGUGUAGCUGAACCUGAGGAAAAUGAACAUUUAGAAAUUAAAAAGUCAGAUCAUCCUCCUACACUUCCCAUUAUUAUAAAUCUUGAUGAUAACAGCAGGUACUCGGAAGAAGUGAUUGUUUAAUUUGUGAAAUCGAGAAUCAUCCGGUUCUUUUAAAUCUACUCGUUUAACGUGUUUCAUUUACAGAGUGGCUCAAUUAUUAUUAUUGUUUGGUAAUUUUAGUAUUCCGAGUAUUUCAGCUCAAAUAAAAUUACGCAGGAUAUGGAGAUGAAUAUUUUUAUUUUUCAAGUGUAUCAUUACUCAGUACAACGCUUCGGGGCUUCAGUAAAAAAUUUCAUGGAUUAUUAUUGAAUGUACAUUGUACAUAUAAUGUAUAGUUCACUAUCAAUAACUGGAACACCUUUCUUUUUAUAUCGUGCUUCCUAGCGAAUAUUUUAUUCGAAUAGUAAAUGAGGAAAAUAACUUAUUAAGACAUCCAGCGGCUUACGAAGAAUUUAACGUUCUCUCUUGUGAUGAUUAAUAAUGAUUAGUAAUUAAUUAAUUGAUUUUGGUCGAUAUUGGAGAAAUUGUAUGGGCCUCAUCUGGCCUCAUCUGGCCUCUGUGAAUAUUAAUGUACAUACGCUUAUCAUGUACAUAAUAAAUAAUACUUCAAUUAUCAGAUAUUUAAUCUUAAUGUACUUGCCGGAUUCUUCAAUAAGUAUUGAAAUUAACACGGGUUCAUAGAUUAGGGGACCUCGAGCAAAAUGGAUCGAUGAAAAAAAAAUUAUAAUUCACAUAAUUCAUCAUGAUAACGUCCGCAAAAUAUAUAAUCCAUUUUUGAAUAUAUAGAAAUGGUUAAUGCAAAGGUAAACAGUAACGGAAAAUCAUUUAGUUGAAGACAAUAUUAUCUAUGAAAUUUCUGUUAAAUUCUCAAAUAGCAAUUGAACAGAAAAAUUUCACCGGUCCAUCUUGCCCCAGUCUCCCCUAUGUGUUAAUUUAAUUAAUUUCUGAUGUGGAUGUACAAUUGUAUAUAUGGGAUUAAAAUUUUAUGGAGUUGUAUAUUUUUGCUGAAUAAUACAAUGGAGGGGUGAAUCGAGGAAAUGAGCAAGCUUUCAUUCGUGGUACAAUAGAUGGAUUCUCUAUAGAUAGCCAAUUGAAGGAGAGAAAAGAGAUCUUGUCUUAUUACGUUUGAACUGAUGAAAGUUUGUUCUCCUUUCUGCCUCAAUAUAAAUUCCACGAGUUCCAGCGUUUUCUCUAAUUCAUUGGAUUUCUGUACAUAUAGAUUUAAAUCGUGUAAUUUACGAUUAAUACCGUAAUAACGUGCAUGCAUCGAACCGAAAAUAUUGAAAUCUCGUACAUUUUAACUUGAUUUGAGUAUACGAAUAGAUUAAUUUCCAGCGUAAUGUAUAUGCAUGAAUUGAGAAGGGAAUUAAUCGAUUCAAGUAUAUAUUUAUUUGCGUGUACAGGAGGAUAGGGGUAUUUGUUUUAAUGGGAAUUCAGGUUUAUUCAAGGUCACGGUCACAAUGGGUACCUUGAUCUGAGCCCCAAAAAAGGGAUCCACUGCGAUUGUUAUUCUUUGAAAAAUGGAAUGGAAAUCAAUGGGUGAUAUUAUCAACUGAUGCUCAAUAUAAUUCACGAUUUGUUCGACCUGUUUUCGAUGUGGUGAUCAAUUUUUUUGUCACUGGCAACAGCUUUCGGAAGAUAUCAAUUCAAUUUUCUCAUACUUGAGGUAUUAUCAAUUUUUAUGAUACAUUGUGAGCCCACUAAACCAACAACUUGCUCGAGUCCCGAUGAGACUCGAGUUUUCAAUUAAAGAUUGCAUCUUCAGAUUGUAGGGGAGAACGUAAAGAAUUCUACUUGCAAUAACGCUGCGACGAGUUUUCCAAUCGAUAGGAUAAAUUGGGGUGGCGUGCAAGACUUUUAAAGUAUCGGAGAUAAUGAGAGAUUACUGUUACAAUGGGUAAUGCACAUUUUUUAAAAUCUUAUUGCGAUAUGAAUUGUUGCGUAGAUGAGAAAUAGUAAUUGAAGAGUCAAUUUGACGAGAAAAAUGUACAUUGCGUGUGAAUUUAUUGCACUUUGGCGAAUGAGAAUCCAUAGUUUUUAAAAAUUGCUCAUGUCGCUAGUAAUAAUAGCAAUUAUGUGUAAAUAACGUGUAUAAUAUAUAUAAGUUUGUGUGUCAAAGUGUGGGAAUUGGUUAUUAAUUGAAUAAUACAUUCACAUUGGUUUUUCGCUAUAUCAGAGUCAUAUCAAGAGCACAAUUACGUGCACACUAUUAUUCUUCCUGCAUGAAUUUACUUCAUCAUUCUAUCUAUUGAAAAUUAUAUCGCCGGAAAUAAUUGCAAAUGUCGGCAUAAUUAUUUUCCGGGACAGUAUACACCAGAAACGGCGAAACAUGUGUUUAAAAAUUACUGCACAUGAAUAAUUAUAUGGAAUACUCCAAUAAAUGGAUAAAUAUGUAAAUCAUGAACGGCUGUAAUAUUCAAUAAAAAUUAACAUGUACGCCACGAUCAGAUACGAUGCAAUGGAGCGGAAAGAGUCACGGAUGGAUGGAAUCUCUCUAAAAAAAAAAACACCUAUCGAGUGUCCGAAGCGAUGAAAAAAAAUGUAUUGUCAUGUGAUUAUCAAAUGUAUCUCCAAACUGAUUGUAUGAUAAGAUAAAUGUUAUGGGUUAUGAAUAAAAUCCACAGAUGUGUAACUGACAGAUUAAUCAUCUGCAGAAAAAAAUUGAUAUCGAUUAUUUCGCGUUUUAA